AUGUUUAAUGGCAGUGGCAACCACGGAGCGGAAUUCGGAGAAGGAGACUGUGAUACGUUUCUGUUCACGUCCGAAAGCGUUGGAGAGGGUCACGCAGACAAGUUGUGUGAUCAGGUCAGCGAUGCCGUCCUUGAUGCGCAUUUGGCGCAGGAUCCAAAUUCCAGAGUGGCAUGUGAGGCAGUAACAAAAACGGGCAUGGUUAUGCUGUUGGGUGAAAUCACUAGCCAGGGCCAUGUUGAUUAUCAGACACUGGUUCGUCGAGUAGUGCAAAAAAUUGGCUACGACGAUAGUUCCAAGGGAUUUGAUCAUAAAACCUGUAAUGUCUUAGUUGCUAUAGAGCAACAGGCACCAGAGAUUGCAGCCGGUGUGCAUCUGAACAAAAAAGAGGAAGAAAUCGGCGCAGGGGACCAGGGACUGAUGUUUGGAUAUGCCACUGACGAAACUGAAGAAUGCAUGCCUCUGACGUUGCUGCUCGCCCACAAGUUGAACGCACGUUUGCAUGAGCUCCGCCGCAAGAAUUUGUUGCCUUGGGUUCGGCCGGACUCUAAGAGCCAGGUAUCGUUUGCCACUGCGGUUACCGUGGAGUACAAGUUGGACCACGGGGCAUGCGUUCCGGUUCACGUCCACUCGGUGGUGCUCUCGGCACAGCAUGGUCCAGAGGUGACGUUGGAGUUUCUGCGUCAACAGCUGAUCGAACACGUCAUUCUGCCAGUCAUUCCAAGGCAGUACCUGAACGAUAAGACUGUCUUCCACGUCAAUCCCUGUGGUUCCUUCGUUCACGGUGGUCCGCUUGGAGAUGCUGGUCUCACUGGCCGCAAGAUCAUUGUAGACACUUACGGUGGAUGGGGGGCGCACGGCGGCGGCGCUUUCUCCGGCAAGGAUCCGACCAAAGUUGACAGGUCCGCCGCUUACGCCGCCCGUUGGGUGGCAAAGUCAUUAGUUAAAGCUGGUCUUUGCCGUAGAUGCCUGGUGCAGGUGAGCGCAAAACAGAUUGCUUAUUUUGUGUCUUGCAAAUGUAGGAGUAAAAGUAUAUUACUGGUAUAUUAAAU